AUGUGUGCUUUCCAAGCUAGGAGAGAUUUUCAACCUGGAAAAAUUUUUAAAAAAAUCUUAACUGCGAAAAAAUAUUUUUCCAAACUUUUAAGAGGUAUAGAAGACAGUUUAUCCCGUCGAUAUCUCUACAGUUAUUAUUGGUCCACUUUAAUGCUUUCCAAUGUUUGUGAAGUUCCUUGGCCUAUCAGAAGUUCAGAAUUUAUUAUUGUUUGUGUUGAUUUAAUGUUUGGGGUUUUAAUUUUUGCUACAAUUGUUGGAAAUGUUGGGAGUAUGAUUGCUAGCUCUGAGGCAGCUAGAAGGGAUUUUCAAUCAAGAAUUGAUAAUGUGAAACGUUUUCUUCGUCAGAGGAAUGUUAACAAAAAUUUAAUACACAGAAUUAAUAACUGGUUUGAUUAUAUUUGGCAACAAAAUAAACAAGCAAUACUUGAUGGACAGGAUGAUUUAGUGUUAAGUGUAUUACCAACAAAAUUGCAAGCAGAAAUUGCUAUGCAUGUACAUUUUGAGACGUUGAGGAAAGUUAGGCUUUUUCAGGAUUGUGAAGCUGGUUUACUUGGUGAACUUGUUUUGAAGCUUAAAUUGCAAGUAGGGGUUUUCAGCCCGGGAGACUUUGUUUGUAGAAAGGGCGAUGUUGGCAGAGAGAUGUAUAUAGUAAAGAAAGGUCGCUUACAAGUUGUGUCGGAUGAUGGAAUGAAGAUUUUUCAUACAUUAUUGGAAGGGGCUGUUUUUGGAGAACUUAGUCUUUUAAACAUUCCCGGCAGUAAGCACGGAAAUCGUCGUUCUGCCUCAAUUCGUUCAGUUGGCUAUACAGAUUUAUUUGUUUUGAAGAAGGCAGAUUUAUGGGAAGCUUUAAGAGAAUAUCCUGAAGCAAAAAGAAUGUUGGUACAUAAGGGGCGGGAAAUACUUUUGAAGGACGGGCUGUUAAAUGAAGAUGCACCUUUGGAAGAAAAAAGUCCAGAACAGUGGAAUCAGGAACUUAGGGAACAAAUUGACCGUCUUUUGGAUAAAUUGUCUCGAUUAACAGCAGAAUUUAUUAGUAAUGAAACUAAAUUAGUGGGUAGAAUAGAGUUUUUGGAGAAUAAAUUGAAACAAUAUGAUUAUCUUGAUGAGUAUAGUAGUGGUGAAGAAUUUAGUCUUUGA